CUAGUUAGUUAUCUCUAUGCAAAUUUGCUCAAUUGGCUGCAAAAGAAUCCCAGACUUUUUGGUCAAAUUGUUCUCUUGAGUAUAAUCAUUUGCUAACAGUUGAGAAAAGGAGAGAACUAUGAAAGAAGAAGGUAAUGUGAUGGUGACUGCUCAGACAAUCAUAUCUGGUGCUUCUCCUUCUCCUACAUUAACUCCACACUCACCAGCUACACAACCACCUUUGCCAACACCAUCACCAUAUUCGUUCUCAGUGGCAUCGACAAGGUUGAGAUCAAGGCCUUCUAUAUAUGCAUAUGAUCUUGCCCUUAGAUCACUGGCACUUCUGUUCUCUUUCAUAUCUGCUCUUUCACUAGCUGUACCAUCACCAACAAGGACAAAACGAGGAACGAUUUCAAAAUUCUGUGACAACCCACAAUUAACGUACUGCUUCAGUGUGAGUGUAUUAGCUUUUAUCUACUCAGCUUUUCAACUCUUCAAAAGAGUUUGUGACAUCGCUUAUAGAGGUGUCUUGAUCUCCGAUAAGACCUCUGACUAUCUCAGUUUCAUACUCGAUCAGUUGACAGGUUACCUCCUCGUGUCCUCUUCUUCAGUAACUAUACCAGUCAUUCAGGAGAUGGACAGCCAAGCCUCUCUCUGGAAGGCAGCUAUUCUUGCUGUUUGCAUGUCAUUUACUGCUUUCAUGGUCCUUGCGGUGUCUGCACUUUUAUCAGGCUACAAACUGUGCAAAAGGAUCAUAUGGUGAUGAACUGGGAAUUGAACGUGCAGCCUUCAACUCCAGGAUUGACAAAGCAACCGUAGUGUAAAAUGGGACAUGAUUUCUUCGAUCUGCUUGAAGCAUCACAAGAAGCAAUUGGGUGGCAGAUACCAAAUAUCCUCUACUACACUAAUGGUCCGGUAGAAGUUGAUAACAGUAAGAAGAGGGUUUCAGAAGUUUAUAGCAAAGAAUAGAAAUAUUUUUGGUAGAAAAUAUCCAUAUGCACUAUGAAUUGUUGUGCCACUGCCAUGGUGAAUGAACAGUAUAAGUAGUAACAAACUAGUUUGAACUUCCUUGCUUCGAAGUAACAGAAACUUACAGUUCUCUUUCUACAGAUAAUGUUUUACUUCUUCACUUAGGCCAAGAAGAUAAUAACAGUGUAAUGUAUAAAAUUAUAAAUACUAUAAAACACUGGCUGUUCCAUAUAACCAAAA